UUCUAACAUUCAUUCUGGGGGUUUGCUAGUGAUCCCAAUCUCUCCUCCGAGGUUGGUAGGAUACAAAUUACCGAAGGUUAAGAAACAGAGAGAGAGAGAUACAGAGAGAGGCAGAGAGAAAGGUGGGAUUUGCUGGCAGUCAGAGGGAGGUUGUGUGUGCGCUGAUUGGAUAUAAACACUGGCAUAAUAUGAUUUCUGCUUCAAGGAACAGUUCCCGCUGACUGAUUUAGACCUGUUCAACAUUCGUCUCUUUGACGGAGAAACGUGAUUUUCCCAGAGCUUUGUGAUGACCUAUGCAUGGCCAGCCUGGUGCACCUCUGAAUGAUGAAGGCUUCUUACAUAUUCAUCAUCCUCUUUCUACUCGACAGGACUGUGAGUAUAUCAGCGAGGACUGUUGAAGAUAUGGUGGCAGAAUGGAUCCGCUACAGAAAUGAGUGUCUGGUCAGGAUGAGCGCAGAACCCGGGCCAGACGAAUUGGUAUGCAGUCGUAUGUUUGACGAAUAUGCUUGUUGGUCAGAUGGACAACCCAACUCUACAGUCAAGGUGCCCUGCCCCUGGUACCUACCUUGGUACAACCAAGUGCGUAGUGGCUUUGUGUUGCGUGAGUGUGGCCCUGAUGGCAAAUGGGCCACCAGAAACUCCAGUCAAACCUGGAGGGAUCAUUCUCAGUGCCAACCUGAGGACAGCCAACAGGAGGAGGAGAAGCAAAUUAUUAUUUAUGCCUGCUUUCGGGUCAUGUACACAGUGGGCUACUCUCUCAGUAUGGUCAGUCUCUGUGUGGCUCUGAUUAUUCUUCUCUUUUUCAGUAAGCUCCACUGUACCAGAAACUACAUCCACAGCAACUUGUUUGCGUCGUUCAUUCUGCGAGCUCUCUCCAUCCUGACUAAAGAUGCUCUAUUGGGUAAAACCUACCUGGAGUUCGCAGACAACAGGGAAAUCUUUGAAGUGAACAGUAACCAGGCAUUGUCCAGCUGUCUUGUGGCUCAAGUGCUGAUGCAUUACUGUGUGGGAGCCAACUACUACUGGCUUCUCGUGGAAGGCCUGUAUCUGCACAACUUGCUGGCACUGAUGGCUUUCUCUGAAAACUGCUUUUUUGGUGGAUAUCUGUUGAUAGGCUGGGGCACCCCAGUGUUAUUUGUCUUUCCCUGGAUUCUUGUACGUUACAUGUAUGAAGACACAAGGUGUUGGGAAAUAAAUGAAAACAUGGCUUACUGGUGUAUAAUCCGUAUCCCUAUUCUCCUGGCCAUAAUGGUUAACUUCUUCAUCUUUAUUCGCAUCAUUCUGAUCCUUAUAUCUAAACUGAAAGCCCAUCAGAUGAGAUAUACUGACUAUAAAUUCAGACUGGCCAAAUCCACAUUGACCCUGAUCCCUCUGCUGGGGAUCCAUGAAGUUGUGUUUGCGGUGUUGACGAAUGUGCAAACAGAUGGAGUCUUUCACAAUAUCAACCUCUUCUUCCAGCUCUUCUUGAACUCUUUUCAGGGUUUACUUGUUGCCGUCCUGUACUGUUUUGUCAACAAGGAGGUGCAAGCAGAAAUAAAGGCUACAUGGCAGAGGCUGAAGCUGUGGUUGACUUACCUAGAUGAACUGAGAAAUAGUGACAGUAACACACUGCAGACUCCUGUCAGCAUGCCUCCAUCUUCCCAGUGUCACCAUCUGUCUCUUUACAAGCUACCUGACGGCUGCCCAGAGGUCAGCCACCUCUCUCCUAUGCCCCACACCUCUCUUUCACCAGCUCCUCACCCUCAGGUUCCCACUACUGACUGCUACGCCUACCACCAAGACAAGAUGGGAGACAAAUAGGUGAAAACUUCCUGGCAUGUCGCUGCUCAUACUAAGGAUAGAGGAGAGGAUGAUGAGAAAUUAUAUGAAAUGUAUUGCUAAAAAAUUCAAAAUGGUCUUAAUAUUUCUUAAAUAAUUUGAAACUAUAAGUAAUUAGCAUGUCCAAUCAAGACACUCUUUGACUAAGGUCAAGAUUUCACAGCACAAAUGGCUUUCACAAUCAGAGGGUUACAUUAUGUUAUCCUCUGUAGGUGGAUCUGUAUUUAGGCAUCAGGCAUUUUUUUUGACUGCUCUGUAUUUCUUCAAGGCAACAGAGUGAAUCUCAAGUAUGACUCCCUUCUCUGAGCACUUGAUUAAACAUAAAAUAAAACAGUGACAUUGUCACUUUGUGGACAAUUAAAGGGUCAUAUCCUGCAGCAUAAAAAAGCAGUUCUCAUUUUAUUCACACAGAGGAAAUAACUAUUUUAUUUCUUUUGCUAUUCAAGCGGAUGUGAAUUUUUUUCAAUUAACAAUAUUAUCUAUCUUACUGUGCACGGUUGGAUCUUAAUUCUCCAUGCAGCCAUCCAAGGUACUUUUGCAAGUUAUUAUAAUAGCUCAUUCAAUUCCCCACAGAACAUAUUUAGACAUUCAUUUCCACUUUUAUAAUGCAACUGAUAAAUGAGAGCAAUUAAGCAAAAAAUGAAUACUCAGAACAAGACUAAUUGCAUAAAAAUAUUACACUUGUAAUGAAGGUAAAACUUGUUUGUAGUCAUUUAUUUAAAAAAGCAAUGUGAUGUGUUGGUCUUAUUUGAACCACUUUGACUGUGUUAAAUCCCUCUUUCAAAAAAUAAUCUGUCACUGUAAAUGUGUGUAAAACUAGGUUUUACUGGCACUGCCACCAUCUAGUGACAGAAACAGAAAACACACUGUAAAAGGGAGAAUUUCACACUCCUAUGAAAUCAUGCAGAAGGUUUAAUGAACUGCUUAUUUUGCUGGCAGUUCUACUGUUGAGUAAUGUCUCAACUCUACAUCAUAUACAUAAUUUGCUACAGGUUUUAUUGAACAAAGUUAUAGCAUAGAUUCUCCAUUAGCAUUAUGUUCAUUUCCAUAGGGGAAAAAACAAAACAAAAACUACUUAUGUUCUCUUUUUAAAUACUAGUAAAGCAAAUGUGGGAAAAAAUGUUAGCUCCCCUUCAAAAAAAGGGGAGUAGGUGAGGUAAUGUACAUUUAAAUUGUCGUUGUCUAAAAGACAGAUUUUGAAAGGUCAGUUAAAUGUGACAUUUGGCCUAAAUAUAUACUUUUUGUUUUAGUCCAACUACUGCUGUGUUUUAUGAUAUAAGAUGUAAUAGUGUUCGUGACUUUUCUUAUCGAUUUACUUUUAAUAAUAUAGUUUUACUAGAUAUACUGUUUAUAUUCAAAUGUCACAAACAUACAGUGAUUGUAACUGAAAUAACAUGAAUAAUAAAAAGACUAGUUGUAGAGUCUUGAGUGAUGUGCUUAUUGAACCAAGGAGUGAAAGGACGACCAUUUUCAAAAAGAAGUGAUGGUUAACGACACCAGCUGUCAGCCACUUACAAUGCAAUCUUCAGAACCCUUCCAAGGGGAUUA